CUCUUCUGCAGCUACAGACUGAUAGGCAGGGAGCAGGGGAGGGCCGGAGACAGUUCUAAGACAGGGGAAGCGCAGAAGAGUUAGAAACAGUGCAUAGUUAGAAAGUCAGAGGUCCAGAGAAGAGGUAGUGUGCUCACCCGUCCCUGAGUGCUGUGACCCCUCUGCAUUACCUGAGGCACACAUACACACACACAGGGAGUGUUGCAGGGAGGCUUAGCGGGCUGACUCUGCAGGGAAGAAGGGAAUUAUACAUUUUUGUUUUCAAUCUUCUGCGUCCAUACUGAAGGAGAAAAAAAGGGGGAUUACAUCUUGCACGCCUGCCCUAGUUGCUCCUUUCUUUUCUUUGCAUUUUGUCUUUACUGAGUUACUUUGGAGACUUUGGAUACAGCCUUCUUGAAAUUGUUGGUCUGAACUCAGAAAGGCAUGGCACACGGACAAAAGAGCCCCAGGUGGGCAUUAACCCAGGGCUCCUUCACUUUGGCGCUGAGCCUGUCGCUCUUCUCCCUCCUCCUCCUGACCAUCGUGGCCGCAGAUGAGUACGACUACUACAGCUGGCAGUCAGACAACUUCCACAAUGGCCGCUUCUACACCAAGCAACCCCAGUGUGUGGACAUACCAGCUGACCUGCGCCUCUGCCACAAUGUGGGCUACAAGAAGAUGAGGCUGCCCAACCUCUUAGAUCAUGAGACUAUGCCAGAAGUCAAGCAGCAGGCGGGCAGCUGGGUGCCCCUCCUGGCCAAAAGAUGCCACGCUGAUACUCAGGUCUUCCUGUGCUCGCUGUUCGCACCUGUGUGCCUGGACAGGCCAAUUUAUCCUUGCCGCUCGCUGUGCGAGGCUGUAAGAGACAGCUGUGCUCCGGUGAUGGAGACCUAUGGCUUCCCCUGGCCAGAGAUGCUGACCUGUGACAAGUUCCCUAUCGAUAAUGACCUCUGCAUCCCCAUGCAGUUCACCGGGAACCAAGCAACCCAGCCACCAGUGCCUAAGGUGUGUCCGCCAUGUGACAACGAGCUGAAAGCAGACAACAUCAUGGAGCAUUACUGCGCCAGUGACUUUGCCCUGAAGAUGAAAAUCAAGGAGGUGAAAAAAGAGAAGGGGGACCGGAAGCUGAUUGCAGCACAAAAGAAAAAGAAGGUUUUGAAGCAGGGCGUACUGAGGAAGAAGGACUUAAAGAAGUUGACACUGUACAUUAAGAAUGGCGCCAACUGCCCGUGCUCCCAGUUGGACAGCCUGGGCUCCAACUUCCUCAUCAUGGGCCGCAAAGUGGACCAGCAGCUGCUUCUCAUGUCCAUUCACAAAUGGGACAAGAAGAACAAGGAGCUCAAGUUUGCCGUAAAAUACAUGAAAUCCCAUCAGUGUCCCACUUACCACACCGUCUUCCAGUGACGUGGCUUCCUGCAGCAUUUGCAGAAUCCACGACUGCUCCCACAUUCCACUCAAAUCUAAUUCUGUUUCAUUAACUCCUCCCUGACCCCAAGAGCCCUGCAAAAUGUGUCUCCAGCCCUUUAUACUGUAUAGAGUGACAACGUUUUGCGUGAGAUAAGUGUUUAUUUUUUCAGCUUAAACGCGAAUCAGGUAGUUUCAGGAGUUGCCAUUCUGAUCAACUUACCAACAGCUUCCUCACAUAGCAUUUCUAAUCAGGAUGGGUUUUUUUUCGUUAUGGAAAUAAAAUUACAUCAUUUUGAUUUGCCCGUUGAAACUUAAGGAAAUGUUCUAUAAGAAUUCUGCUUUUAUUUUUUGAUGUAGUAGAAAAAAAUCACUUCAAUCACAUUUUUCAGCAAACUCAUCAACCUGUAGCAUUAUGAAAUAGAGACUGAGUUUUAAAGAGAGAACUGCUCAUUUUUGGAAUUAUUACAAACAGACUCAGUGAAAAAGGAGAGGAGGUUUGUUUCAGGGUUACAAGAGAGCAGAUGAAAUUGAUAGCGUAUACGUGGGCUGCGGGAUGUGCCAAUGCACACAUUUGCACAAUUGAGGAGAGCUCCCAGAAACAAACAUGAAAGAAAAGUAGAUCAUCCAUUUAACUGCAAGUUUUAAUAAUGUAAAAAGUCACGAUUAAUAUUACAAAUCUGGGCUUUAGCUUUCUUCUUUUUUUUUUCUAAAUCCCUUCUGGGAAAGAAGACCAAUGGAAUGAGACAAAUGGACUGGAUGAUGUUUCCACUAACUUUGCACAGCACCAUAUUUAGGUUAUGGAAAGAUGAAAACUUGAUUUUUUAUUUUUUAUCUUUUUUUUGGAGGGCGAAGAAAAUUAAAACACACAAGACAUCUUCCUGAAAGCGAGUGGAAAGUGAAAGAGAAAAAGACUCUGGACAGAACCAACAUUGGUUGGAUUAAUAAGUCUCUGGUACUCACUAUUUUUGCUAUCAACCUUCAAAUGUUUCCCUUUUUUUGUACUUAAAAUCUUAAAUUUGCUUCACUGUAACUCCUAUGGUAUGAAAACAGAAAUCAUACGUACACACAUAGCAACUGAAUACACUUUCUGUAGCAGGUGAAAGAUUACGCUUUCACGAUAUUGUCUAACCUAUUAACCUGUAAGUAGUCCUGUUACUGAAAUAGAUCCUUGUUUUUUCAAAAGAGUGAACAAAUAAAAUAUAUUUGAAAUUUUUAUAAAGAAAACCU